UCAAAGUCAAACGAACUGAGCGCAGAACAACUCAGUAGUUGAGAAAUUUCAUUUCAUUGCGGAGCAUUUUAGUCGUUUAUCGAUUUCGCAAGGUUUAGAAGUGUUUUACGACAGUAUUUGUUGGAAAACAGAAGGAAAAACAUUUCGAAAAAAAUACCAAAAACAAAAGUGAAACAAUAAGAAAUUUAUUGAGUUGGUUGUGUGGUAAAAGUUCAAAUUGAUCAGUGUACAUGUGCGUAAAAACGUUGGUGUUGCCAGUUUUGGCUAAAUUCAACACAAAACAUUGAUUAAUUUUAUAAUAGAAACGAAUUACCAUAAAUCGCUUAUGCAGCAACUGCAAACGCCCAUUUUAUUAGCGCCAAUCGAUUUUAAUCUCACAGCGCAACCGCACACGUUAAUAAACCGAGUAAUCAUGGAAUGGACCAACGAUGAAGCUCUUGAACUAAUCGAGCAAUAUCGCAUCCAUACUGAAUUGUGGAAUCGUGCUGAUCCCAAGUACAAAGAUAAAUUAUGUCGCUUUAGAGCGUGGUCAGAAAUAGCGGAACGUUUUGGGUGCAGCAAAGCUGAGGUGGAACGGAAGAUGAAUGUGUUACUUACACAAUAUCGACGGGAGAAACACAAAAUGCUUAUUAAAUUAUACCAGGGAAUUCAGCCGAAUCCGUCAAAAUGGUACGCGUUCAAAAGGUUCGAUUUUAUGGAGGCGGGUGGCGGCAGCAGUUCAUCGAGUAGAUCGGGCACAAAUGGUCAUACAUCAACGUCGACGGCUGCAAGUUUAAAUGGCCUUAACUCUUACGAAACCAUAACAGCAGCGGCGCAGCAGACAACAAGUGCAGCCGUCGCGGUGGCAGCGACAACUGCAAACGCCGCGCCGAGCACUUCACAACAUCGGCGCAUGAAGAAAGAGAUGAAGUAUUUUGGUGCGAUGGGCAUAAGCCUACCGAUGCUGAUAGCCAGUAACACGGCAUUGGAUACAUGGAACACUGUUGGCCAAUAUUCACCGCCAAUCGAUAACGAUCGAAACCCGUUGCGAGUUCCCUUACCUAUGCCCUUCCCAAACUCGCAAAGUGAAAUGAAUGUGGCAAGCAGUGCAACGCGUAGUCUUUUCGGUGGAAGUAGUAACAGUGAUAUAACCGCCAGUCCUCAAAAGCCAAUGGAAUCCUCAGAUAUUGAAGACAAAGACGAAAUCUUAACAAAGCGUGAACGCUCAACACCGUCCAGUUUACACAACGUAAGUGGAAGCAGCGACGUCGGAGCUCAUGUCAAUUGCGUUGGUAAUACCGCUAUAACUGAAAGAUGCAACAGCGACAACACUUGUGGUAUUAGCGGGCGUACCGGUGUAGAGGGAGCCAUCGUUGAACCAAACGAUGGAGGUUCUAGUCCUAUAUCUAAUAUUAUUGAAUCGCACGAAAAGCGGCGUCGUACUACGCGUGACCAUGAGGAGUUAGACAUAAAGCGAGAACUUGUAGAUUACUUUCACCCCCCUCAUCCUCCAGCUCCGCCCGAUUCCCAUCGUUCAUAUAGCUCGAUUGAUGAGAACCGAAUCGGAGGGGCUGACCCUGAUGAUUUUGCGCAAGAUUUGCGCGUAAGCGCGGCAGCCGCCGCUGCGGCUAAAGGCAUAAAUUUUAGCCAAUUUGUACUACCACGGAAUUUACGCCACUCAUCCGAGUCGAUAGAUGAGAAAUUUGCUCCACUAAAUAUGCGUAAACUGAGUUCAGUAUCGGCAACAGCCUCAACCGCAGGGCAAAUGCUUAUGAAUUCCUUAUUGUCUAACGAAAGUUUAUCAGAAGAGACUGCCACAAGCACUAGUGGACGCAUCAAAAGCACAUCCCAGGAAGCAGCAUCCACAUCUGCUGCAGCUGCUGCAGCUGCUAUUUACGCUGAAAGUCUGAAUAAAGAUGAUUGCGAUUUCAUUGGAUCGAAUGUUACAUUAAAACUCCGAUCGAUGGACCGCACCCAAAGAAUCAUAGCCGAAAAGUUAAUAAGUGAAGUUCUUUUUUAUGGUCAAUUCAACGAGCUUGAACGAAAUGCUCACAUCCAACCUAAGUGACAGCAGCUAACAAGGUUACGUAAGGGUUUCUAAAUAUAACGAAAACACAGAACAUAUUAUGUUUCCUAACAAUUUUAUACCAAAAAAAAAAGAUUUUCACAAAAGGAACGUAUUGAAAAAAGAAGUUCUUCUGUUUGGCACUCCUCCUGGUAAUCGAAUAAUCUAUCAUAAUUCCCUGUUUGUUUAAAUACAUGUAUUGUUUAAUAAAAUCAUGAUAUUUAAGAAUUAACCCUUAUAAAAUUAUACAAAAAUCCUUCCAGUACAAAUUCAAAUAUACAUACAUAAAUUAAUUUACUUGAACAGAUUUAUUUAUAAUUUCUUACGAUGGAUAUGAACUGUGUCCUUAAAACCUUUUAAUUAUGUAAAAUCUUUCGGUAUUCAAUUCGCAUGUUAGGGAACAGAUUUUCAUUAAGUAUUUUGACGUUACGUCGAUUAAUAAUAAUGACUCGAUGUUUUUGAUUCUUUUUUAUUUCACUAGUGCAUCCCACGCAAAUUAACAUUGAAAAUAAAUUGGGGUACUCACAACCUGUCAUAAAGCAUCGUAAAGUCAUAAAAUUAUAAAUUUUUACACUUGUUUAAAAAAAUUAUUUUUGGAUUACAUACAAAAAUGAGUUUACACAAUUACAAUUUUCAAUGCUAUGUUUUCGAAUCGUUAUAACUUAUAACUUUAUGAGACUAUAUGCAACCCCUAAAUAAGUCCUUUAAAUUAAUGUUCAGCAAGUAAAAAAAAACAUAUUUCUUUUCAGAAAUGUUACCUGAUUGCUUAGGUACACGUAAAAAAAAAUUAUUUGCUAAAUGCACUCGUUUAUUUAAAAAUUUAUAAUUGAUUACUCAUUAGCUCUCUUGAUAAAUUUCCUUUUCCAAACCUCUCAGCAUCUCUCAACUCAGACUUGAAUGCUUACAUGUACUAUAAAAGGGAUAUUAGAUCUGUUGCAAGUGUAAUCAGUUAUCUAGUCACGAAUAUGUCAGUGUGAGUGUUAGAAAUUCCAUUUUUUAACGGUUUCAUAUAUUUAAUGAUAUUGAAAAAAAAAUGCUAAGCCAGCAAAAAGGAACAAAAUCAAUUGAAAUGAAUUCAAAGAAUUAUGUACCUCGCUUAUUUUUCAGUCAUCUUUUUAAUACAAAAUCGAACCUAUAUACCUUUAACUAAAACAAAUAUACACUGUAUGAGGAGUUAACACAUAUGUACAUACAUACAUACAAAUAAUAAAGUAAACCGUCAUGGAUAAGUACAUAAAAUGUAAUAGCAUUUUUACUAUAAGUAAAUUUCAAGUAAUUCUUAUACGUUUUAAUUUAUUUAUUUUUUUUCAAUCCAUAUGCUAUAAUUAUUUAUAUAUUUGUAUUUUAUUAAGAAUAUACACUAUUUAUAAGCAAUUUUUACAAUGCAAAAUACAAUAUCCUAAAUAUAAGCAAAGAGAAGUCCUAAACUUAAACAUAUGUACACGUGUAAAAGACGUGGUACAUACAUACAUAUGUAUAUGUAUACAUAUACAUUGGUGUUAAAUUUAAACUUACGUAUGUAUGUAGAGUGACUGAUAAAUAUGUGUGCCGACCAUUCUUCAUAUAGUCAAGUUAAUCCAAUAGCAAUGUAAUUAAAAUUAGUAAAUCAGUGAGUACUUUUCUUGGGUUUUCAAAAAAAAAAACGAAAA